UAAGACACGUAUAACAAGGGCUAAAGCUGUAGGUAUCCAGUUCUCCUUCUCAUUCUGCAGUUCAGCAGCUCUUGUCCUUCUCAGCUCCUCUCUCAUUUUUUGAGUCUUAUCAUUGCUGCAGAUAUGGCUACAGCUGGUAAGGUGAUCAAGUGCAAGGCAGCAGUGGCCUGGGAGCCCAGCAAACCUCUGGUGAUUGAGGAGAUUGAAGUGGCUCCACCUCAGGCCAACGAGGUCCGCAUCAAGAUUGUGGCAACUGGUGUGUGCCACUCAGACCUCUACCACCUGUUUGAGAGUAUGAAUAACGCGUAUCCAAUAGUCCUCGGCCAUGAGGGAGCUGGCAUCAUAGAAAGUGUUGGUCCAGGUGUCACUGAAUUUCAGCCAGGAGACAAAGUCAUCCCUCUGCCCGUCCCCCAAUGUAGGGAAUGUCGUUUCUGUAAGAGUCCAAAGACCAACCAGUGUGAAAAAGCAUGGGUUGCUGACUCUGGUGAUGUGAUGGCAUUAGAAGACUCCAGGUUUACCUGUAAGGGCAAGAAGGUGCUGCAGUUUAUGGGAACCAGCACCUUUUCAGAGUAUACUGUGCUGAACCAGAUCGCUGUGGCCAAGAUCGAUCCUGCAGCUCCUUUGGACAAAGUCUGUCUCCUCGGCUGUGGGAUCUGCACUGGAUAUGGAGCAGCAAUUAAUACUGCUAAGGUUGAACCAGGAUCCACAUGCGCUGUGUUCGGUCUGGGAGCUGUGGGUUUGGCUGCAGUCAUGGGCUGUUAUGUUGCUGGAGCAAAGAGGAUUAUAGCCAUUGACAUCAAUCCAGAGAAGUUUGAGAAGGCCAAGGUGUUUGGUGCUACUGACUUCAUCAACCCCAAAGAUCAUGAUAAACCUAUCCAUGAAGUGCUGAUUGAGAUGACCAAUGGAGGAGUGGACUUCUCCCUGGAAUGUGUUGGGAAUGUGGGAGUCAUGCGCAGUGCUUUGGAGUCUUGCAUCAAAGGUUGGGGUGUUUCCGUGAUUGUUGGCUUUACAAACGUGGACGACUUCGCUGCUCGUCCCAUUCAGCUCAUCGCUGGACGUACAUGGAAGGGAUCCCUGGUAGGAGGAUUUAAGACUAAGGAUGGUGUGCCUGAGUUGGUCAAAGCCUACCUGAACAAGAAGAUAAAGCUGGAUGAGUUCAUCACUCACAACAUGACUUUGGCCCAGGCCAACGACGCCAUUGAACUGAUGAAGCACAGCAAAUGCAUCCGGACAGUUCUGAGUGUUUCUCCACAAUAAGACCAUCAUUUUGCUUUCAUUGAUGGUUCAGCUCAGUUCCAAGAUCAUUCAAAUUGUGCCAAAUAUACUCUGUAGUGGAUUAUAUGCAGAUUGUGAUUGGAAUCCGUAAUCACCCUGAAUGUUCCUAUAAACUAAAGUUACAGAAUCUGAGCAAAAUAAACAAUCUAAACAGG